AUGCGAAUCUCCCGACUGAUCGUCUGGACGGCGCUGGGAUGGGCUCUACCUCUGACGGUCGACGCUGGACCCGCGGCGCAGAUUCAGAGACGACAAGACACGACAGAUACUGGCUUUCCAGCUCUCACGACCGACUCGCCCACUGGCUCAGCAAACACUCUGGCUCCGGAGAGCGAGACGGCCACAUCGGCUGCGACAACCUCAACAAACGACGUUCAGUCUUCCAGCUCCACAGCAUCAUCCACAUCGGCUGCAAACUCGCCCUCGUCAAGUCUCUCUUCGACGGUCCAGCAUUCCCCUAGCACGACAUCCAUCCUGCCAACCGCCUCCAGUACUACCGCCAGCAAUGCUACGGCGAGUUCGGACGAGCAAGAGUUAGAUGCCCUGCCAAUACAGCCGCAAAUCACACCAGCCUUCGGUAUCGCCGGAGUGUUCCUUAUUGUCCUAGGCGCCACAUACGCUUUGAUUGGGGUCAAGAGCAGAUGGGUUCAGAUAUUCCUCUCCUGUGGGUUCCUUGCGAGUAUAGCGACAACGGCGCUAGUCGACUACGUCAUGAACCCACCGGUAACGAAUGCUGUCCAAGGAGGCUUUUUCGUGGCAAUCUUCAUGACCGGUGUUAUUUUUGGGGGUGGAGCCCUGGUAUUCAAAGAGAUCACCGAAGGCUUUGCCUGUCUGCUGGGCGGGUUUUGUUUUAGCAUGUGGCUGCUUACACUGCGACCUGGUGGGCUCGUUACUAGCUCGGGAGGCAAAGGCGUUUUCAUUGGAAUAUUCUGCAUUACAAUCUGGGCGCUAUCCUGGACCCAUUACUCUCGGCCAUAUGCACUAAUCGGAGCAAUCUCCUUCGGCGGAGCGACGGCAUUCACAUUGGGCGUUGACUGUUUUACACGGGCUGGCUUGAAGGAGUUCUGGUUUUACCUCUGGGAUCUCAACGACGACCUCUUCCCCUUGAACACCAACACUUUCCCAUUGACAAGAGGAAUCAAGGUCGAAAAUGCAAUAAUUGUGAUCGGCACCAUCAUCGGUGUGCUCUCACAAAUGAAACUCUGGAAGGUAAUCCGAUCCAAGGAGCGUGAGAUGGAGGUCGUCGACGAGGAGUACUCACGCCAGAGGGAAGCCGUUGAGGCUGCUCUGGGCCGACACUUGCAACGGCAGAACGAACGGGAAAAGUCGGAAUGGGAGAAGCAAUACGGAGAUCGCCUAGCAAGCAGACGAAGCACCGUGCUGUGGCAGAACACGCAUCCCGAGAAGCGGUACUCGAGUGUGUCCGUCAUUCAGCUUGACCAAGAAUCGAAGCAAGGUUCUUCUGAAAGCUUGGAAAUGAAUGCGUAUGGCCCACGGAGAACGGAUUCGGCUUACAGCUCCAGGAACAAACGACAGAGCUCACUGCCAGUGGACGUCAUUGAAGAAGUAGAUGAGGAUGCCGGUGCUCUUGCGACGGAGCGCGAGAGAGCUCUUCAGGCUCUGGAGAGGACCAAAACUCCCCUUAGUAUGCUGGAGCGUACACACAGCCGUGAGUCCCUAGCAGGGAAAAGCACCGCAGGUGCGUCGAACGACGGCGGUUCUGCUCAGGGUGCCGCUGCCAUUGAUCCGUCAAGGAAACUUGGCGAUCCGUCAAGACUCAAGCGGCUUUCGCAGCAGUCACUUUCCCGGAUAUCGAAACACCUCAGUGUCAACUAUAAUGGCAACUCUCAGUCCCAGGAACAUCUCAUUGAUACGGAACGGCCACACAGCAGAGCAUCUUCAGCUGCCGCAACCCUGGACGUUGACAAUGAAGAUUUGGAUAUCCACACGAUCGACGUGGAGAUGGACAAAGACAUGCCAUCACCGCCGGAUAUCGUUAUAUCCCCGGCACGUAACUCUGGACCCACAUUUGCCGACGAGGUACUUCCGAACAAGGACUCCAUUAUAAGGCAAGGCACACCAGCUUCGAGCAUUGGCGGCAAUCUAGAACGAGACCACCUCAUCCUUGAGUCAGAUAAGUUACCCAAGAAUGAGGGUACGAGCUCAGAGGGGACACCGACACCCGAAGAAAGUGGCACUGGCGAACUCAAAAACCCUCAGUCACACACCUCCGAGUCGAGCAAUUCGAGCGCCGACACUUUGACGAAGACUGCCCUUGCUUCGGUGCCGAGCCAGCUGUCGAGCGUGGUGUUGUCAUACCGGACCAACGAGUGGGCGAAGCACAUCACUGCGGCUGAAGAGCCGGUCUAUGACGAGCCAGAGACCAUUGACGGCGUUGACAACGAGUUGCCCACGCAUCUGGCUCCGGUGUCGGAGUCUGAGAAGGGACAGCUCACCCCGGAAGUGGCUGGCGAGAUCCCCCCAACAGCGACUUUGCCGCCCACGGUCAAGGCAGGCGGUGGUGGCGUCGGAAUAGCUGCUAAGCCAUCAGUCUCGCAGCGUUCAUUCUCAGACCAGGAACGUCGCCGGAGCAGCGGAAGGGCGCCGUCACGGUCGAACUCCAGCCAGUCUCUCCGGCACUCUUCCAGCCGAGGCAAUCGUACUUCAUUGAACCCCGGCAUGCAGCAUUCCCUCAUUACUACACCCAUUGCCGAGGAUGCGGCCAUGGAGUUCCCUAACGCGAAGAGGUCAAGCCGGCGCGUGUCGGCGCCAUAUCCGAUGCCCUCUCGGAGCAACAGCGGGCCUCGACCUCAAACGGCCUACAGCAUCAGCCCAUAUACCAGCACACAGGACCUCCUUGACAUGCCUCGUCCGUUCACGCAACACGGUUCCCGGCCCGGUCUCUCCAAUGAAACGAGAAUGGGGUCGCAAAACUCUCACCAACCACCACAGAGGGAUCUGAGGACCGAUGCCCAACGGCGAGAAUCGCUGCUAGCGGAUUGGCGGCUCUCGCAGCAACAACGGGCCGCAAGCACAGGCAUCAGCGGUGCCAUGGCGGAGCAGGGCCGAGCUCAAAUGAGAGCCGAAAAGGAGAAUCAGAAGCUCGCCGAGGAGCACCAGCGCAACACGAUCCGACAAAAGCAGUACGCCAUGGACCAGAUGAUGCGACGGCCGGACAUGCAAGAGUUGCACCGUGAAGCCAUGCGCAAGAUGCAGGCCAACGCCAACAAGAAGCUCCGGUCCUCCACCGGCUAG